UUAUUCAUACCAAAAACAAACAUACAGCUUACAUAAACAUAUUAAUUUGGUAAAACCAUUUUUAUUUGUCUUCUGUGAUGGAUUCAUAUUACAGUCACUUGGUCCAGCAACUAAAAGUGAUUCGGACAUUAUGUCCUCUGAAUUUCGCAAUGAAACCAGUGUAUUAAGAAAUUAUUUUAGGCCUGGGGAUGUGUUUAUUUUAGAUAGGGGCUUCAGAGAUGUAAUUGACGAAUUGCAUAGCCAUGGCUAUAAAACAUAUAUGCCUGAGUCACUUUUGGAAGGUAAAAAUCAAUUGACCACAGAACAGGCAAAUCGAUCAAGAUGUGUUACAAUGUGUCGAUGGGUGGUUGAAGUUGUGAAUGGUCGAAUAAAACGCGAUUUUAAAUUAUUUCGCCAAGAAUACUUCAACCGCGCAUCGACACACCUUAUGUUAGAUUUUAACAUUGCAUGUGCACUUUUAAAUAAGUUCCAUGCACCAAUUGCGGACCGGCUUGAUGCUCAACAGUUCUUAGAAUUAGCUAAAACUAGAUUAAAUACAAUAAAUCAUUUGGGUGCGUACAUACAAAAUGAAAAUAUUAAUAGAAGGAGAGCCAUUUUCCUAACCAUAGACGCUGAGCAUCCACAUUUGGACACAUUUCCAAGACUAACAUUAUAUGAUCUGAUGACAGUAGCUCUAGGUUCCUACCAGUUGAAACAAGCUCGGUCGUACUAUGGGGAACAUGUCCGUAGAAACGGAAAAUAUGAAAUAGAGUUAGCGAACGACAUUGAGGAUGACUUGCCAUUAAUACUGGGAAUGGACAAGUAUUUAGUAAGGGGACAAAUUAAAUCACGAAAUGUUAGCAGUAAAGUGUACUACGCAUACAUUUUAGUUAAUAGAGCUACAAGUAACUCAUUAGCUGAUAUUGCUGGCUAUUAUUGCAAUUGUUUGGUGGGUAAUCGAACCGUAGGAUGCUGCGCACACGUAAUGACCAUUUUGUGGUAUCUUAGUUGGGCUCGAUUUCGAACAGUUGAGCCGCCGGCUCCGUUUUUAGACGACAUAUUUUAUGAAUGAUCAUGACCAAUAAAACUAUUUUAUUCUUAUAUUCAAACAUUAUUAUUUCCUAUUCCCUUUAUCUACAAACCAUACAUUUAGUAGGUAGGUAUAACCUACCUAUCAUUGUACCUAAUAUUAUUUAGUCAGGAUUAUUCACUGGUUUGAUGGUACUGUUUUCUGUUGUUCUGUAGAGAAUUCAAAUCAUUUUGUUGUAAGUAGGUACUGCUUUUUGGUAGAAGGUUAGCUGUAAAACUAACCUCAAAACUUAAAUAGAAAAUCAAAGAAAAUAAAAACCCCACAAAAUAAAUAGAUCAUUUUUAUUUCCUUGGAAAAUAUGACAUCUCCCCUCUUUUAUCUCCAAUUUUUGCUAUCAUACAACUUAUUUUUAUGCGCAACGGCUGUCCAUAGAAAUAUGGGCAUUCUCCUUUAUAUCUAACACAAAAGCAUCAUCUGCCACAAUGACAUGUGGAAUUUGUUUGUUCCUUCCGGGUAACGGGUAAGGUUCAGGCAAAUUUAAUUUUCCUUGUUGAAGAUUAGCAUAGAAACCAGUAUUUUUGAAAACACCACCAUCCGAUAUUCUUCCUUUACAACCGACAUCUACGUACGUAAACUUAUAAUUUGCAUCAACCAGUGCUAAAAGCACAAUGCUGAAAUGACCUUUGUAAUUGAAAAAGUCGCUUCCAGUAUUACUUGGAGCUGGAAUAACAACGUGUUUGCCAUCCAUAGCCCCAAUGCAAUGAGGGAAAUUCCAAAGAUGGUCAAAUUGGCGCUCUAAGAUCAUCCAUUCUUCUAAAGUGUUAGGCAUCA